AUGAGACAGCCCAACACGCCCUCAGACACAAGACUGCAAGUAGUCAUGCGUGAAGGCUAUGAUGAUUACGAAAAUGAUGCCGCGUGUACAACAGGCAACGCCUUCACGAAGCGCACCAAAGUUUCUGGCAACAAGAAACGGCUUAUCACUAGUACCUCGAAUGCAGCAGUUGGCGCCACUCGCACAAAUACUGGCUCUCGCGUGCGUCAAACUCAAGAAGCCUUGCCCACGCGAAAUGUGCUCAGACCCUCGAAUGCCAACGCCUACCCGACGCGAUAUAUUCCCACUUAUCCCAAAGUCCAUCGCGACCAUCUCGACUUGGCGACUCUGCAGUAUUACGAUCUUCCCUGGGAGUAUUCAAAGGCAUGGAUUGUGAUAUGA